CUUAGUGCAGUCAUCAGCUCAAUCACGCGUUACACUCUGCAAAACACGCGAGGUCAUCAACUUCGAACAAAGAGCGUCUCGAACUAACGAAAUUAUUCGAAAAGUCGUUCGAAGAAUUGAAAAUUUUCCAAAUAAUCACUUGCUUAUUUAAUUGUGUAUUAUUGGUGCUCAUAUCCACAACAAACAAACUUCAAUUCCAAUAUUAUUAGUGUUGCAUCAGCUCAGGAGAGCGAAGAAUAUUUUUAUUUUGCUGUGCAAUAUUUUCCGGAGGGAAAACCACUAGAAUGGAACAUUAACUUUAGGUUUCUAAAUUUAUGAAGAAUAAAAUCAAGCACACAAUUUUAGUUCCUUUCUAUAAAGUCGAGCAAUUGUUUCAUCAGUGAUCCCAAGAGUCGAAAAAGCGCAGUUUGCACUAAUUACUUCGACGCAAUCUUGGCUGUGAAUAAUCAAUCGUUGAACGAUGAGGGAAUUGUGGGUGAUCUUAUCCAUUUUGACGGUCCUAGCUAUCCGCUCGCUGGUAGAGGGGAAGAAACUCACAGAAUGCGAGGUCGUAAAAGAAUUGGAUCGAGCUAAAAUCAGCAAGAGCCUAUUCAGUAAUUGGGUUUGUCUGAUAAAAAGCGAAAGUGGGAUGGAUACGGCGCUAAUAACUGGUCCAAAGGCAGCAUCCAGUUAUUCCUUCGGCAUCCUCCAGAUCAGCAGCCCCAAAUGGUGCACGAGAGGACGUAAAGGUGGCAUCUGUAACGAACGCUGCGAGGAUUUUCUCAACGACGACAUAAAGGACGACAUCGCGUGCGGAAAGAAGAUUUUCGAUCAGGAGGGAUUCAAAGCAUGGGACGGAUGGAUAAAAAAUUGCAAAAAUAAGCCGCUCCCCAAUGUGCCUUUCCCACCUUGCACACGAAGAAGAAGAAUGGUGCCUCCAGUCGAAGUAAUCGAUGCUGCGCUUAUAUGAUUGGAACAAUUCGUUUGAUGCACUGAUACACGAAACUCGAUUUUAUUUCAACGCACUGUAUGCUUUGCUAAAAUGUUGCAUGUGUAUGAAUUACUAUUAUGUAAUCAUUAUACGUAUACUUUCGAUAAUUUUUCGUAUAAUCUGCAUAAGAAUUUACAAUCGUAAAUACAA